UCAAGCGCUCGGCCGGAAGCGGGAGGCCGCGGGGGCGGGUCCGCUGGCGUCCCCUUUCCGGCUGGUCCCCAUGGAGGCGUUGGGGAAGCUGAAGCAGUUCGAUGCCUACCCCAAGACUCUAGAGGACUUCCGGGUCAAGACCUGCGGGGGCGCCACGGUGACCAUUGUCAGUGGCCUUCUCAUGCUGCUACUCUUCCUGUCUGAAUUGCAGUAUUACCUCACCACUGAGGUACAUCCUGAACUCUACGUGGACAAGUCCCGGGGAGAUAAACUGAAGAUCAACAUCGAUGUGCUUUUCCCGCACAUGCCUUGUGCCUAUCUGAGCAUCGAUGCCAUGGAUGUAGCUGGGGAACAGCAGCUGGAUGUAGAACACAACCUGUUCAAGCAGCGGCUAGAUAAGGAUGGCAUCCCCGUGAGCUCAGAGGCGGAGCGUCAUGAGCUCGGGAAAGUCGAGAUAAAGGUGUUUGACCCUGACUCCCUGGACCCCAAUCGCUGUGAGAGCUGCUAUGGCGCUGAGACGGAAGACAUCAAGUGCUGUAACUCCUGCGAGGAUGUGCGGGAGGCAUAUCGGCGUCGAGGCUGGGCCUUCAAGAACCCAGACACUAUUGAGCAGUGCCGGCGGGAGGGCUUCAGCCAGAAGAUGCAGGAGCAGAAGAAUGAAGGCUGCCAGGUGUACGGCUUCUUGGAAGUCAACAAGGUGGCUGGGAACUUCCACUUCGCCCCCGGGAAGAGCUUCCAGCAGUCCCAUGUGCAUGUCCAUGACCUCCAGAGCUUCGGCCUUGACAAUAUCAACAUGACCCACUACAUCCAGCACCUGUCAUUCGGAGAGGACUACCCGGGCAUUGUGAACCCCCUGGACCGCACCAACGUCACCGCACCCCAAGCCUCCAUGAUGUUCCAGUACUUCGUGAAGGUCGUGCCCACGGUGUACAUGAAGGUGGAUGGCGAGGUGCUGAGGACAAAUCAGUUCUCUGUGACCAGACAUGAGAAGGUCGCCAGCGGGCUGAUGGGUGAUCAGGGGCUUCCUGGAGUCUUCGUGCUGUACGAGCUCUCGCCCAUGAUGGUGAAGCUGACAGAGAAGCACAGGUCCUUCACACACUUUCUGACGGGCGUGUGCGCCAUCAUCGGGGGAAUGUUCACAGUGGCCGGACUCAUCGACUCUCUCAUCUACCACUCGGCUCGAGCCAUCCAGAAGAAAAUUGAUCUUGGAAAGACGACAUAGUUGUCCCCUCCCCACUCUGUUCCCUCCUCCUCCUGUUUCUUUUUGGCCUUGUGGUCAUUUUCCCAGCCUCUUGUCCUUCCCUCCAAACCCCUAUUCAGAGGUCGGUCACAGCCCCAGGUUGGUAAAUGUAUUGACUGUGAUAGUA